AUGGCAGAAGAUGCAGAUACAAUCAUUGAUGUACACUAUAAUGGGGUGUUCACACCUACUCCAUUGAUGUAUUUUAAUGGAGUGAAAGCCUUUGUACCAUACACGGUUGUCAACAAGAUGAACUUCCCUGAUUUCAUCCCCUUUCUUGAAAAGCUUACUAACGGAAGAUGCAAAGAUGUGCAUCACUGUCCACAUGAAGUGAGGUUAUCGGAGGGAUUACAUGAGGAAGAAGCAAACCUUGAAGAUGAUGAUUUGGUUUCUAUUGAUGAUGUUGACUCCAUUUUAGAAGAUGGUCUGAAAGCUGAACAUGUAGAGGGCGGUGAAGUUAUAUCUCUCAAAAGAAACUUUAGUGAUCAACUCCUCAACAAACUUUGUCCAAUACAGAAUGAUGACUUGGUUGAAGAAGAUCAUAAUGCAAUACGGACUAUCUACCCAAGACAUGAUCAUACUCAGGAAUGGAAUGAGAUGAAGCCGCGAUUAGGUUACUAG